CAGUUAGCAUGGAUAAAAGUUUAAAUAUUGUAGGGGUUUCAGCCCAAAAAACGGGAUCAAGAAGAAUUUGUAGUGUAGUAGGUUGCUCAAAUACGGAGCAAAAAAUCCGGAACUACAAUUUUAUUCUUUUCCGGGACACUGGUGGCAGAAAGAGCGAAAAAAAGUGUGGAUAGCAGCUGUCCGCAGGAAGCAAAAAAAUGGACAGCCCUGGAUUCCAAAUAAAAAUUCCAGGAUUUGUAGCGCUCACUUUGUUGGUGGAGAAAAAUCUGAAGAUCUUAGAAAAGAGGCCUACAACCCAACGGUAUUUCCUGAAAUUUAUAAAAGAAAAACUUCUCUAAACUCUUCAGCAAUAAAAGAUCCAGAUAUUCUAAUUAUUGUUGAGGAGCCGAUGCCUCUUGCUGUGUCGAUCGGCGUCGAAAUCGGCAUUCAAACCGAUGAUUGUGAAGCUUUUGAAUGCGAAAACAUGCCAGCAGUUUUAUUUUGCAGCCUUAAAGAAUCAGCACAAUAGGCUGCGACACAAACCUGCAUUCCUAUAAACAAUCCGAAGAAUAAGGUGGUUCCAAAAAUUGUUUUAUUAUCAUCUGCCAGAAAGAAGAUAAAGGGACUUACGGGAUUUCCAGACGUUACUAGAAAUGAAGUAAUGGAGCAGCUUGGUUGGAUUACUUUACCUUUCUUUGCAGUUCUACUUCAGUUCAUUUUGCCAGGGAAAGACGGUCAACCGAUGUUUUUAAAGAAAAUUUCUCGCGAAAAUCGUUUGCUUAUUUUUUUAAUGAAAAUGAAAUUAGGCUUAAAUUUCUCAGCAAUCGAGUGUAUCUUUGGAGUUUCGAGUCAGACGGCCUCUACAUGUUUUUACCAAGUUUUAGAAACUUUAUUGAUAAAAACAAAAACUUGGAUUUUUUUGCCAUGGAAAGAGGCUAUUAAAGGAAGCAUGUCCGAUGCUUUUAGAGAUUAUCCUAAUUGUCGAGCAAUUAUAGAUUGUAGCGAGUUGCGAUGUGAGUCUCCCGGAAGUGUAGAAAAUCGGAUAUUAAUGUACUCUUCUUACAAAGGCAGUUUCACAGUCAAGUUUCUGAUUGCCAUAAGUCCAUGUGGACUUACCACAUUCGUGUCCAAAUUUUAUGGUGGAAAAUGGACUGACGGUUAUAUUACCAAUGAUAGUGGAUUUCUGGAAUUGCUUGAUCCUGUAGAUGAAGUCUUGGCCGACAAAGGAUUUCCACAAGUCAAAUCGGAACUCUUACAUCGGAAGUGCACAUUGGCAAUACCACCAUUUGGUUUCAAUCCACAAUUCACGCGUAAAGAAAUGUUGGAAGGUUAUUCCAUCGCGUCAGUAAGGAUUCACGUGGAGCGAGCAAUUCAAAGUGUCAAGAUUUUCAAAAUUUUUGAACGCGUUUCCCAUGAUAUGUUUUCGCAUGUGAAUAAGAUGUUCGAAUGGCUUUCAUUCUCACCAACAAUAAGAAACCUCUAAUUAGGCAAUAAAUUUAACUAUUCUAUCAACGAUUAUAAUUCAAUUCGUAAAUGGGAAAUCAAUUCAACUUGUAAAUAAAAAAACAAUUUAAUGAAUACCUGAUUCACUGUUGAAUAUCACAUAUCAGCGCAACGUUUUUUAAUGUAGAUUCUAUACUCAUAUUUUAACCCGUAACAUUAUAUUAAUUAUUAUCACAGUAUUUGAGGAUAUAAAUAGAUUAACAUUCAGUAUGAAAAGAUUAACAUACAUUAAAAUAUAUGUAGAUAAAAUCAAGUGAAACACUUAAAUAUUUUAAAGAAUUUUGGUGAGAGUUCAGUCCUAUUCCAGAGAAGGAAAGAAAUAUUCAAAAUAAAAUUUUUCUAUUUUUGGUACAUCACUUUAAAAAUCUUCAUCUCUCGGUACUUUUAAUGAAACAGAAUCCACUUCCGCAUAGACAAAAAAAGAACACAUUGAGAUACCUAUUAUGUACAUGGAUACCUGAAUCUGGGUACAGUACACGUUACGAUUGUUGCGUUCUCGCAUGUAGCUGGACAUUUUAUCUCUAAUAAUUCGCAGUAUUGAUCAAUGAAAAUAAUCCCAUCAGGACUGCAGGCUAGAACAGGUUGAUUCAAGGACACAAUUAAACCAGUUUCAAAAACUUUCAAUUCAGUCAAUUGUUCAAAGAAAAUUUUAGCACGCUUUUCCAUUUUCAGUCCAUAUAGCAUCUCCUUAGUCAAAUAGCUUUUAUGUUGCUGCUUAAGAAAUUGCUCUACUAAACUUUUUAAAGAUGCGGUACUUUCAUACGUUCUCGUUUUUAUCCGUUGGGCUCUCGAAGAGCAUGUAAUACGAAUAAAGCGUUCUCGAAACCACAGAGCACAUUCAGAUUGAGCUCUUGAUAAGAAACAAAUGUCAAACCAUUUUUUCUCAUCAAGUGCAAUUAAUGAUCAGCGAGUGUCAUGAUGCUCUUUUUG